AUGCGUACCGGAAAAUUUUUGAAAUUACAAGGGCAAGAGGCUUGGGAAUCUCUUGAAGAAUUAUCUGUUAAUUCACAACAAUGGAAUUAUUCUGAGCCUAGGUCUAGAGCAAAUAAUUCACCUAAAAGAGGAGGAAAAUAUAAAAUUAAAGAAGAAACUAAUUUGAGAACAUCUUUUGAAAAAUUAGCAAGAAAAGUAGAAGCCUUAGUCAUAAGUCAAACUAUGAAUUCUCAUGUUCAACCUAAAAAAGAAGUUUGUGCUAGUACUUGUCAUAAUGAUCAAUCAUGUCCUUCUUUUCUUGAAACAUUUUCCGAAGUGGCUAAUGCAUUACGUUCAUAUGGUAAACCAAAUGAUAGCCCAUUUUCUAACACAUACAAUCCUAAUUGGAGAAACCUUUCCAAUUUUUCAUGCAGACAAAACCAACCACAAAUGAACCAAGGAAUCCAAUUCAACAUGCCAAAUCCGAAUCAUGCCCAACCAAGUCAACCUUACCCUCCACAAAGAAAGCCUUCCUUAGAAGACACUUUACAACAAUUCAUGCAAUCCACCCAACAAAUCAUGCAAAAUCAGUCUCAAUCCAUUGCCAAACUUGAGACACAAUUGGGUCAACUUACCAAUGCCGUAACUGAGAGAGCAAAAGGAAAAUUUCCUAGCCAACCCGUCCCAAAUCCUAAAGGCCAAUACGAAGUAGGAGUCCCAAGUCAUAAAGAAGAAGCCAAGUCUAUUUCAACACUUAGGUCCGGAAAACAAAUUGCCAAACCCGAUUACAUACCUCAAGUUGAAAAAGACCAAAGCCAACCUCCAAGUUCCAACACAAAUGACUUGUCAAAAGAUAAUGAUCAAAUUCUUCCUUCCAUUCCAAAAGCUCCUUUUCCACAAAGAUUACUCCCACUGAAAAAAGGCAACCAAUAUAGUGACAUCUUAGAAGUGUUCAAACAAGUAAGUAUCAACAUCCCAUUCUUAGAUGCCAUUAAACAAAUUCUUGCCUACUCCAAAUUCUUGAAAGACCUUUGCACUGUUAAAAGAAACACUAAUGUUCCAAAAAAAGCAUUUUUAACUGAACAAGUUAGCUCCAUAAUUCAAUAUAAAAGCCUUGGGAAAUAUAAAGAUCCUGGUUGUCCAACAAUUUCAUGCAUCAUUGGUGAUCAUUUUAUUAACAAAGCUUUACUUGAUUUAGGAGCUAGUGUGAAUUUAUUGCCUUAUUCCGUUUAUAAGCAACUUGUCACUGGUGAAAUUCCUUCUCAUUGGUCUAAACAAGAUAAAUCUAAAUUUUAUGCUGAAGUGAAAAAUUUCAGGUGGGAUGAUCCUUAUUUGUUUAAAUAUUGCCCCGAUCAAAUAAUAAGAAGAUGCAUUCCAAACUGUGAAUCUUGUGAGCGUUGCCAAAAAUUAGGAAGUGUAACUAGGAGAAACAUGAUGCCUUUGAAUCCUAUUCUUAUUAUUGAAAUAUUUGAUGUUUGGGGCAUUGAUUUUAUGGGUCCAUUUCCUAAUUCUUUUGGUAAUUUAUACAUUCUUGUUGGUGUUGAUUAUGUGUGUAAAUGGGUAGAAGCUAUCGCAUGCCACACUAAUGACCACAAAGUUGUGCUUAAGUUUUUGAAAGAAAAUAUUUUCUCACGAUUUGGUUCACCACGUGCUAUCAUUAGUGAUAAUGGUACACACUUUUGUAAUAGGCCUUCUGAACAUUUAAUGAAACAAUAUGGCAUUACACAUAAAGUAACUACACCUUAUCACCCACAAACUAGUGGCCAAGUUGAGAUAUCAAAUAGGGAGAUUAAGCACAUCUUAGAGAAAACUGUCAACCCCACUAGGAAAGAUUGGUCCCUAAGACUCAUCGAUGCAUUAUGGGCAUAUCGUACUGCAUACAAAACGCCCAUUGGAAUGUCUCCCUAUAGACUUGUUUAUGGGAAGGCAUGCCACUUACCCGUUGAGUUAGAACAUAGAGCCUAUUGGGCUAUCAAGCAACUUAACUUUUCCUUAGACAAAGCGGGUCAGAAAAGAAAGAUUCAAUUGAAUGAGUUAGAAGAGCUUAGGCAUGAUGCAUAUGACUAUUCGAAAAAGUAUAAAGACCGAAUGAAAUUCUACCAUGACAAAAAUAUUUUGAGAAAAGAUUUUUCUCCCGGUCAAAAAGUCCUUUUAUACAAUUCUCGUUUGCAUCUUUUCCCGGGAAAGUUACGCUCUAGGUGGGUGGGUCCAUACAUUAUCCGCACUAUUUUUCCACAUGGAGCCAUUGAAAUUGAAAAUCCUAAUAAUGGUAAUGUAUUCAAAGUUAAUGGACAAAAAUUGAAACCAUUUUUAGAAUUGAAAAAUGUGGAAGUGGAUGAAAUCCUCCUUGAGGAUCCAAUUUACCAUGAUCCUUGA